AUGCGGUCGUCGUUGGUUCUACUAUUGUCUCUCUGUGGAAUGGCAUCAUCCUUUCAAUCAUUCAAUCCCAUGCAAGGUCCUAGAUCUGACAUUGUUGUCAUGGAGGCGCAUCCUAAAUCGAUGGAAAAAUGGGGCAAGGCGGCAGUCGCUGUCUUAGCAACGGCAGUCGUUCUGAGUACAGCCACUCCUUCCUUUGCCGAUGAAUAUGGACGUGAGACUGAAACCGAUACCUUGUUCACUGGAGAAACUACCAUGAUUUGCACCAAACGUGGGCCAUUGGGUGCAUGCUUGAAAACCGUCCAACGUACGUCUAGUAAUGACAAUGACAAAUCCGAUAAGUACUUUCAGACUCCUACCGAAAUGAUCAAGCGUAAGGAUUUGCAAGCACAAAUGGAUUCCGAGAAUGAAGGAAACGAAUUGAUUCAAAAGCUCAGAUUGCAAACAGAAGCUAAUCGGGAAAAGAAUGAGCUGGCCGUCCAACAAAGAACUCUGUUGAAUGAUGCCUCCGCCAGCUUUGGUCCCUUUGACGGCCAAGUGGUGAUUCUCAAUGAAAAUGGUAAUGGAUUUACUUUGUUGUCAAACCCUCAAGCUAUGAGAUUGAAAAGUGCUGGUUUCAUCAAGGACAAAAAGUUCAUCAAACAACCGACACAAGAAGAGCUUGACAAAGCCUUGGAAAGUGGGCCAAAUAUCUUCCAAAAGGCCUUUGGCGGAGGUGGUGGUGGUGACGAGUAG